AUGGAUGGAAGGUUGACAGGGGUACCUACAUCGAAGAAGGGGCCGGCAUUAAGCCACCAAUUUUUCGUCGAUGACAGAUUAUUGUUUUGCAGGGCCAAUUUGUCUCAAUGGAACCAUCUGACCUCUAUUCUACAAAAAUAUGAAGAGGCGUUGGGGCAGAAAAUGAAUGCAAAUAAGACGGUUAUAUUUUUUAGUAGAAACACCUUAAAUGAAGACAAGCAACACAUCCAAGAGAUAGCUGGGAUUCCGACAAAGCAGCGCUAUGAUACUUAUUUGGGGUUGCCCACUUUGGUGGAAAGAUCUUGCAUCGGCGCUUUUAAAUGUAUCAAGGAGAGGGUGUGGAAGUGCCUCCAGGAUUGGAAGCUUAAGUUCUUGUCACAGGCGAGGAAAGUAAUUCUGUUAAAGGUUGUGAUUCAAGCAGUACCUACUUUUUGUAUGGGUGUGUUCCGACUUCCAAAGGCUCUUUGCAAGGAGAUUAAUUCCGUCAUGGUGAGAUUUUUUUGGGACCAUCAAGCAAAUGAGACAAAAAUCCAUUGGAUGAGUUGGAGCAAGAUGGGCCUUUCUAAAAAUCAUGGAAGUAUGGGAUUUCGUGAUUUUGUUUGUUUUAACAAAGCUCUUUUAGCGAAACAGAUUUGGCGUCUUUGGAAAACACCGAACAGUCUCAUUGCACGGAUUAUGAAGGGAAAAUACUAUCUGACAUGCAUGGUUCUUGAAGCCUCUUUAGGAAACCGGCCUUCUUUUGCAUGGCGGAGUAUCCAAGGGUCUAGUGAUCUAGUCAAAAAUGGUCUAGUGUGGAGAGUUGGAAACGGCAAAACAAUCCGAAUAUGGAAGGAUAGGUGGCUUCCUAGACCUACCACUUACACGGUGUAUUCACCUCCAUCGAUACUUGACCCAAAUGCUGCAGUUAGCCAACUCAUUGCUGCAGACACAAACUGGUGGAAUUAA